AGGAAGACUCGUCGUAAAACGCCGCUGUGAUCCGGAGCCGCAGUAAACCGGUUUUAUUCGAGCGGAACAGUCAAGAAUGUUGAUUAGAAUUAGAAUAAUAAUGAGGGUUCUUACACCCCCCCACACACACACCCCCACCCACCCCCACACCAGCGAAUGACAGCCGGGCCCUGAAGAGUUAAGAGGAGGAGACACGCGCUGACACGCCUCAUUGGGUCGAUUCGGAGCCGCAAACAAAAAGUGUGUGUCGGAGUGUCAGUCAGCCAGAGCUCCGAACCCAUCUGCGCCUCCCGGGCUAGUCCAGGACCAGAACAGGAUCAGCCGAGUUGACACCUACUGUCACUCCCGGACCAGGACCCAUCUCGCCGCGGGGAUGUACUGACACCAGGACCGGCAACGCAGCAGAACCUCCGGACCGUCGCCGCUCAUUUAUUUCUCCUUUUUAUCCGAAUACGGACGUUUGUGGAUUAUUGGUUCUGGAGCAGCGCGGACAGGCCGUCAUGGAGGAGUCCAGCUCUCAGAAGGUGCUGUGGGACGGCGACUCGAAGGUCGUGCAGCAGUGUCUGACCGACAUCUUCACCAGCGUCUUCACCACCUGCGACAUCCCGGAGAACGCCAUCUUCGGCCCUUGUGUGUUGAGCCACACGUCGCUCUUCGACAGCAUCGCCUUCAUCGCGCUCAAGUCUUCGGACAAGAGGACCGCGCCGUACAUCUUCAGGGUGGACACGUCGGCCGCCAACAGCACCUCCGAGGGCUUGAUGUGGCUGCGUCUGGUCCAGUCGGCCCGGGACAAGGAGGAGCAGAACCUGGAGGCCUACGUGAAGAGUGGCCAGCUCUUCUACCGGUCGCUACGCCGCAUUGAGAAGGACGAGGAGCUCCUGGUCUGGUACGGCAAAGACCUGAUCGACCUGCUGCUGCUCAGUCGGGCGCCCGCCAAAAGCAAAGGUUCAGCGCAAAACAUGUGUCCUGACUGCAGCCAGCGGUUCCAGUUCGAGUUCCCUUUUCUGGCCCAUUUACGGUUCCGUUGCACCAAAAGAUUGCAGAGUAUGAGCGGAGGCGACGAGGAACCCGGCAAGGAGGCCAGCACCGAGCGAGGAAGCGCCACCCCAACCAGAACCAGCCCCAAGACGGCUCGCUCCGAGGGCUUCGGUGGUUCCCAGGACUGUAGCAAGCCCUCUACAGACUUUCACAACCUGGCCCGGGACCUGGAGAACAACCGCACCAGCACGCCCAACGACAAGGAGGCCGAGAUCCACAGCGAGAAUUUGGGGAAGAGGAAGUUCUCUGAGGUAGACCGGGAGUGCCGAGGCACGCAGCCCAAGUCCAAGGAUGAGUUGGCCACCUCAGCGCAGAACUACAGAGGCGUGUACGGGCUGGAGGAGAACCACAGGAGCCUGUCUUCACCAGGAAACACGGAGAUGGGAGAGGCCAAGCGCAGCGCCUUCACUGAGGUGAAGAAGUCGGGUCAGAACUCAAAGCACGGCAGCAGCAAAACCCUGCAGAGCGCCAACUCGGAGAACAAGGACCGGCCCAGCGGCAGCCCCUCAGAGAAGCACCUCAACAUGCGGCAGGUUCUUUCGGAGACCCAGCCGCCGCAGACCCCACCGAUGGGCAGUGCUUUCACCUCCGUCAACCAGCAGGGCGGCGGCGCAGAGAGGAAGAGCGCCUUCAGCCAGCCAUCGCGCUCGUCCUUCUCGCAGAUGUCCUCCUUGGUGAUGCCGCCCAAACUGCUGGACUGCCACCCUCCGGUGGGAGACACCAUCUCCUCCAACAGACUCUAUCAGGCCGACCACCUCGCUGCCAAGCUGCAGGGCGCGGAGCUGGGCGCCAACUGCCCAGUUCCAGGCGGAAUGAGCAAGCAGAACCCCUUUGUCUACGCCACUGCCUUCUGGCCCAAGAACUCGGGGCCCAUCCAGCUCCAGGUCCCAUCAGCAUUGACGCUCCUGCCGCCCUCCUUCACCUCGCUCUGCCUGCCGGCGCAGAAUUGGUGCGCGAAGUGCAACGCCUCGUUCCGCAUGACGUCGGACUUGGUCUACCACAUGAGGUCGCACCACAAGAAGGAGUACGCCAUGGAGCCGCUGGUCAAGCGGCGGCGCGAGGAGAAGCUCAAGUGUCCUAUUUGCAAUGAGUCGUUCCGGGAGCGGCAUCACCUGUCACGUCACAUGACCUCGCACAACUGACUCCCCCACUCCGGCUGGACUCUGUCGGAGGCAGAGCUCCCCGGAUUAUAGCACGUCGCCCUGAAACUGACCACUGAAGAUUACGAACCCUCCUCUUGCACUUGUUUUCACUUUGAACUUCCUGUUUGUACAAAUGCGUCAUGUCUGCGUGAAAACAGGCGUUUUGACUUUAAGAAUCUAUUUAUGAAGCACUUGACAAGUCGCAGAUUUAAAUACGUGUACAGGAGUCGUAUUUUAUAUGGUAUAAAUGCAACUAUAGAAGGAAGUCUUGUUUACAACUCCUCCGCGUUACAGCGCUCCGAGUGGCGGCUGUGCUGGCUCCAUCGCCUGACGGUCCCUAGAUGAUACCAGGUCUGGCUCUGACCAGAUCCAGUCUGCGGUCUGGUCAGAUUUAGGCACUCUUCUGAAGUCUGAACUAAACAAGAACCAGAUUAAGUGCACAGUCUGAUCCACCUGAUGCUGAAAACUAUCAGAUUAUCACGGCUACAAAUCAGUCACGGUGGGGAACCGGAUUAAGAUGACGAGUGCUGCACUGAUGUGGAAUCUCAAUUCGAUGGCUGGAUUAAAAUGUGAGAUUAUUUUCACCUGACAAUGAGUCGUCCACUUUCACGGGCCGUUUUGUUGAUGUGGUCAUGUGACCGGUCAGGUCGUUAACUUGAAUCACUUAUGCUUUGAAUUAUUUUUCAAUCAUCCUUAAAUCCACCAGGAGGCGCUGUUGUGCAUGUCGGCUCACCUGUAUAUCACAGCUGCUGUAGAGACAGGUUCAUCUCGGUCGAGAUCACUGCCGUAUAAACGCCGCCUCGAGCCCGAGAGCAUGUGACAGGAAGUGUCGGGACGUUUGUAAAUUCAAUCGAGAUUUGUGUCGGUGAAUUUGUUUCUUCAAAGUUUAUUCAUCAUGUUGAACGCAGCGAAAUAAAGAGAUUUAUU